AUGAACUGCGAUUUUUGGGACCCCGACUUCAAGUACUUGUGGGUUGACCGCAAGAAGGUCAUGCAGGAAAUGGCCAACUUCGACGGCAAGAAGGCUUGCUGGGUCCCGGACGAGCAGGAAGGGUUUACUCGUGGUGAGAUCGUGUCCUCCAAGGGAGAUGAAAUCACUGUCAAGAUCCUCAGGAGCAACGAGAACAAGACGUUCCAGAAGGACCUCCUUCAGCAGGUGAACCCGCCCAAGUUCGAGCAGUGCGACGACAUGGCCAACAUGACCUACCUGAACGAGGCCUCUGUGCUUAACAAUCUCCGUGGGCGUUAUGUCAACGGUUUCAUCUACACGUACUCUGGUCUCUUCUGCGUGGCGGUGAACCCCUACCGUCGUCUGCCGAUCUAUGUGGACUCAAUCAUUGCCAAGUACCGCGGCAAGAGGAAGAUGGAGAUGCCACCACACUUGUUCGCCGUCGCCGACAACGCUUUCCAGAACAUGUUGCAGGACCGCGAAAACCAGUCCUGUUUGAUUACUGGCGAGUCUGGUGCAGGUAAGACUGAGAACACCAAGAAGGUCAUCAUGUACUUCGCCAAGGUCGCCGCCGCCCAGUCAAAACAGGCCGGCGAGGAGCAAGCGGAUUCCAAGAAGGGCUCGCUCGAGGAUCAGAUUGUGCAGGCCAACCCUGUCCUCGAGGCGUACGGUAACGCCAAGACCACCCGUAACAACAACUCCUCGAGAUUCGGUAAAUUCAUCCGUAUCCACUUCGGACCUUCGGGAAAGAUCGCCGGAGCUGAUAUCGAGCAUUACCUCCUAGAAAAGUCACGUGUGACUUACCAGCAGUCGGCGGAGAGAAACUACCACAUUUUCUAUCAGAUGCUCACCAAUGUGUAUCCCAAGUACCAUGAGCUUUGCCUUGUGUCCCCCGACCCCGCUCUGUAUUCCUUCAUCAACCAGGGAGUGCUGGUGGUGGACGGUAUCGAUGACACCGUGGAAAUGAAGGCGACCGACGAAGCCUUCGACGUUCUCGGCUUCUCUCAGGAUGAGAAGAACAGCCUGUACAAGUGCACCGCCGCCAUCUUGCACUUCGGUGAGAUGAAGUGGAAACAGAACCCCAGAGAGGAACAGGCCGAGGCCGACGGUACCACUGAGGCCGAGAAGGUCGCCUUCCUUCUGGGCAUAAACAGCGGUGACCUGCUCAAGGGUCUGCUGAAACCCAAGAUCAAGGUCGGUACCGAGUUCGUCGUCCAGGGCCGUAACAAGGAACAGGUCGUCAACUCCGUCGGCGCCCUGGCCAAGUCCCUAUACGACCGCAUGUUCAACUGGCUAGUAAAGCGAGUCAACCAGACUCUAGACACAAAUGCCAAGAGAAACUACUACAUGGGUGUGCUCGACAUUGCUGGUUUCGAAAUCUUCGACUUCAACAGCUUUGAGCAGCUGUGCAUCAACUACACGAACGAGCGUCUACAGCAGUUCUUCAACCAUCACAUGUUCGUCCUCGAGCAGGAGGAGUACAAGAAGGAAGGCAUCCAGUGGGAAUUCAUUGACUUCGGCAUGGACCUGCAGGCCUGUAUCGAACUCAUCGAGAAGCCCAUGGGUAUCUUGUCCAUCCUCGAGGAAGAAUGCAUGUUCCCGAAGGCCUCCGACAAGACGUUCGAGGACAAGCUGACCACAAACCACCUUGGCAAGUCCAAGGCCUUCGGCAAAGUCAACAAGAACCGCAAAGGUGGUGGAAACGCUCACUUUGAACUGGGUCACUACGCCGGAGCUGUGCCAUACAACAUCUCUGGCUGGCUCGACAAGAACAAGGAUCCACUGAACGAGACUGUCGUCGCUCUGCUCGGCGACUCGAAGGAACCACUUGUUGGUGUUCUCUUCGAGAAGCCUAAAGAGGAAGCAGGUGGUGGCAAGAAGAAGGGCAAGUCCAGCGCUUUCCAGACAAUCUCUGCCCUCCACAGAGAGUCAUUGAACAAGCUCAUGAAGAACUUGUACAACACCCACCCUCACUUCGUGCGUUGCAUCAUCCCUAACGAGUUAAAGACCCCUGGAUUGAUUGAUGCUGGUCUUGUUCUCAACCAGCUCCAGUGCAACGGUGUGCUUGAGGGUAUCCGUAUCUGCAGAAAGGGAUUUCCCAGCAGGGUCCUCUACGCUGAGUUCAAGCAGAGAUACUCCAUCCUGGCUCCUAACGCAAUCCCUACUGGGUUCGUAGACGGCAAGGUUGUGACCGAGAAGAUCCUGACCGCAAUCCAGGUCGACCCUAACGAGUACAAGAUCGGUAGCACCAAAGUGUUUUUCAAGGCUGGUGUCCUGGGUAACCUCGAAGACAUGCGCGAUGCGCGUCUCUCCGGAAUCGUUUCACUUUUCCAGGCCCACGUUAGAGGCUAUCUCAUGCGCAAACAGUGCAAGAAACUGAAAGACCAGAGGACCGCCCUGUCCAUGAUCCAGAGAAACAUCAGGAAAUGGAUGGUGCUUAGGAACUGGCAGUGGUGGAAACUGUACACCAAGGUCAAGCCUCUCCUUAACGCUGCUCGGGCUGAAGACGAGGUGAAGAAGAUGGAAGAAGAGUUUACCAAGACCAAGGAAGAGCUCGCCAAGGUUGAGAAGAUUAAGAAGGAACUCGAGGAACGCUGCGUUAAGCUACAGAGAGAAAAGGAGGAUGCUGUUCUUCAGCUUGCAGCUGAGGGCGAUACCCUCGGUGAUAUGGAGGAAACCAUUGAGAAUCUCACUAAGCAGAAGUUCGAGUAUGAGGCUCAGAUAAAGGAAAUGGAAAGCAGGAUGGCCGAGGAAGAAGGCAACGCUGGUCAGCUGAGUGCCCAGAAACAAGAACUGGAGGCACAGGCUGCCAAGCUUAAGGAAAACAUUGCAGGUCUUGAAGAUUCGCUCAAGAAGGCAGAACACGACCGUCAGGUAAAGGACAACCAGAUCAAGACACUGCAGGGUGAGAUGUCCCAGCAGGACGAGCAGAUUGGCAAGCUUACGAAGGAGAAGAAGGCACUUGAUGAUACCGUCAAGAAGACUCAGGACGCUCUGAAGGCUGAGGAAGAAAAGGUGAACAACCUCAACAAACUCAAGCAGAAGUUGGAGAGCACUCUUGAUGAGCUCGAGGACAAUCUUGAACGCGAGAAGAAGGUCCGUGCAGAUGUGGAAAAGGCUAAGAAGAAGUUGGAAGGGGACUUGGCUGACACCCAGGCCGCUGUUGAGGAAUUGGGACGCAUCAAGUCGGAUCUUGAGGGCAACAUCAAGAAAAAGGAGACCGAGAUUAAGAACCUGAGCCAGAAACUGGAAGAGGAGCAGGGCCUUGUAGCUCAACUCCAGAAAAAGAUCAGGGAUCUCCAGGCCCGCAUUGAAGAACUCGAAGAAGAGCUCGAGGCUGAAAGGCAGGCCAGGGCUAAGGCCGAGAAAGCGAAGAACGACCUCGCCAGGGAACUGGAAGAAUUGGCCGAGGCCCUUGAUGAGCAAGGUGGUCAGACAGCCGCCCAGGUUGAGCUCAACAAGAAGCGAGAGGCCGAGGUGCAGAAGCUGCGUCGCGAUCUGGAGGAACAGACCAUGCAGCAUGAGUCCACCAUCGCCGCUCUCCGCAAGAAGGCUCAGGACGCCAGUAAUGAGAUGGCCGACCAGAUCGACCAGCUGCAGAAGGUGAAAUCUAAGGUUGAAAAAGAGAAGGCUCAGCUGAAAUCUGAAAUUGCCGAUCUUCAAGACCAGGUCGUCAACGUCUCUAAGAAGGGCGGUAUGUCUGACAAGAUGAGCAAACAAGUGGAGGCCCAGAUCUCCGAUCUGAACAAUCAGCUCGACGAAAGCUCUCGCAAUAUCCAGGAACUGAACGCCACCAAGAGCCGCCUCAUUGCCGACAACGCCGAUAUUGUUCGCCAGCUCGAGGAGGCCGAGAGCCGGAUCCAGGCCCUUAACAGAGAGCGCUCCUCUCUGCUUGCUCAACUGGAGGAAGCUAAGCGCAAUGUUGAUGAUGAGAUUAGGGCUCGCCAGAAACUCGCCGGUGAGCUGCGCAACGCAUUGGCUGACAUGGACGCUCUUCGUGAACAACUAGAAGAGGAAUCCGAUGCGAAGACUGACCUCCAAAGACAGCUGUCUCGCGCCAACGCAGAGGCAAACGCCUGGCGCGUCAAGUACGAGAGCGAAGGCAUGGCUCGUGCUGAGGAACUGGAAGAAACCAGGCGCAAACUUUCUGCUAAGCUCCAGGAAACCGAGUCCGCUCUCGACGCGGCUAACAACAAGAUCAGCGGUCUUGAGAAGAACCGCAGCCGUAUCCAGAUGGAGCUGGAGGACGCUGUAGUGAACUCGGACAGGGCCGGCGCUGCUGUUACUGCUCUUGAGAAGAGAAACAAGAGCUUUGACAAGGUCAUCGCCGAUUGGCAGCUCAAGGUUCGCUCCCUGCAGUCCGAGCUUGAGAACGCACAGAAGGAGUCCCGCAGCUACUCGGCUGAACUGUUCCGCGUGAAGACUCAGUAUGAAGAGGUCAUCGUUACUGUUGACUCUCUCAGGAGAGAGAACAGCAACCUGUCAGCUGAAAUUUCCGACAUCACCGAUCAGCUAUCAGAGGGAGGCAGAAGCGUGCAUGAGGUGGACAAGAUCCGCCGCCGUCUGGAGAUGGAGAAACAGGAACUGCAGGCCGCGUUGGAAGAGGCCGAGUCCACUCUGGAGCAAGAAGAGGCUAAGGUAGCCCGUGCUCAGCUCGAAAUCACCUCCAUCCGGUCUGAGAUCGACAGACGCAUCGCUGAGAAGGAAGAGGAGUUCGAAAACACAAGACGCAACAACGCCCGCGCCCUUGAAUCAAUGCAGGCCACACUCGAGGCUGAAAGCAAGGGCAAGGCUGAAGCCCAGAGGGCCCGUAAGAAGUUGGAGUCUGAUAUCAAUGAGCUUGAGGCUGCGCUGGAUGCGGCUAACCGUGCUCGCGCUGAUAUGGAGAAGAACGCCAAACGAGUCCAAGAGCAGGCACGCGAAUUCCAGUCUGCCAUUGACGAGGAACGCCGCAAGACCUCCGAGGCUCUUGAGAACGUUUCCACCGCUGAGCGCCGCGUGACCAUUGUCAUGAACGAGUGCGUCGAGAUUCGUUCUGCUCUGGAGUCGGCAGAGAGGGCACGCAAAGCCGCCGAAAGCGAGCUGGUUGAGACCAGCGACCGUGUCAACGAGUUGAACACGCAGAUGCAGAGCCUUGCAAGCUCCAAGAGGAGGCUGGAAGCCGACAUCAGCGCCAUGUCCGCCGACCUUGAGGAGAUGAGCAGCGAGGUUCGCCGUGCCGAUGAUACUUGCAAGAAGAUGACUAUUGACACAAACCGCCUGGUUGAUGAGCUGAGAUCCGAGAAGGAACAUUCUUCUCAGCUGGAGAAAAUCCGCAGAAGCAUUGAGACCGAACUCCGUGAGGUAACACUUCGCCUCAGCGAGGCCGAGUCUAAGGGCCUGAAGGGAGGCAAGUCCUUCAUCACUAAGCUGGAGACGAGAAUCGUCGAGCUUGAGAGCGAGCUGGACGCCGAACAGAGGCGCCACGCUGAGACUCAGAAGAACGCCCGCAAGGCCGAUCGCCGUCUGAAGGAGCUCGCCUUCCAGGUGGACGAGGACAGGAAGAACCAGGAGCGCCUUCAGGAGCUGAUUGACAAACUCCAGAACAAGAUCAAGACCUACAAGCGCAUGGCAGAGGAAGCCGAGGAGGUGGCCGCAAUUAACCUUGCUAAGUACCGCAAGGUCACCGACGAGCUUGAGAACGCAGAGGAUCGCGCCAACUACGCUGAGAACUCACUUCAAAAGACCCGCCUCACGCAGCGCAGCCAGUCCGCCUCUCGCGCUACUGGCAGCAGCACCACUGUGGUGAGGAAGAAGGUGGUCAUCAAGGAGAUGUAAGUCACGUGACUCGACCAGGUGACGACGACGGACAGAUUAACGGACAAACGAUUUUCUUCACCACCACAGCUUUCCGUACAAUUCCUUUUCUUCAAUCCAGCAAGCGAGGGUGAAAGUUCAUGUAUAUUGCGUGAUCUAGUACAAGUAUGGAGUGCCAACCUUGUCAACAUCUUCACAGUAAAAAAGACGUUUUAGAAUGGAAACAAUUACUAUACGUGCAUAAAUGAACUAGACACUUGCUUCAACUUCGCAGACCUGUUGUUAGUUUGUCCAUAUCUUGAUUUGUCUUGAUUGGGGCUAUGAAACUAGACAUUACAAUUAUAUAAACCUGUGCCUGAAAUAUAUUGCUCUGACAAAGACGAUUAUCUCGAUAUUGAUGAAAGUGACAUCGCUCUGCGAUUGUGGGAAAAUAUUUGAAAGACGAACAAUUUUUAUGAAAUAUUAAACCGCGUUAUCAUCAACUCCGUACAGUGGCCGUUUUAUCAGAUUGCCAUGUUAAUGAUCCCUCGCUGAACUGGAUAGAACAUAUGACGAAACAAAAAUGAGGAAACUUAAAACACUUGUAUUUAUACUGUAUUUAUUAGUUAUUUAUUAACUCGCCUAUUUAUUAUAACAUCACUCGUGAACAUAUAUUUAAAAAUUAUAUCUGUUUCUGUUUCAUUUUGAUAAUUUAUCCGAAUAAACUGCAG